AGAAGAUCAUCCGGCAGUGGUCGUUUCAAACAAUUGGCAAAAUGAAAAAGGUUCGCGAGUGGUAGUUUUACCCAUGAGUUCUAAAAUAGAAAAGAUCUAUCCCUUUGAUGUUUAUGUAGGAAAGGCAGGAAAAUUGCCACCUAAUUUAUUUACGAAAGCUGAAAUUAAGUUAAAGAAAGUUUUGGCUUUUGAGGAACGGAUUAGCCAUUUAGCCGAGGGGCAUAACCGAGGAGGUUUUGACCUUAAAUUUACUAAGCCGGUUAAAGAAUUCAUAGAUGUUUAUGCUUGUAUUGGCUGUAGAGCACCCGGCAAAAAAGGAGAGCCAACCGCGGAAGAAUUAAACCGAGACAUUCCCGGUUAUGGAUUUCAAUUUGAUUCAGAGGCUCAUGGAGAUAGCUUAGAUAACACAACCGUGAUUUGA